AUCUGAAUCCUGCAGAUUAAAGAGAAACGAAUAUUGUCAUUUUCCACUUUGAUGCAUAAAUUUCACUGAUGUGUCCUUGGAGUCACAGAAGAAUUUGAUUACACAUUUUACCAUCAGACUCAAAACAUGGACAUUAGCAAUUUGUCCUGUGGAAGUCUGCUUUCUGGUGACCAAGUCUGCAGUCAAGCAGAAGAAACAGAGGGAGAAAGCACACUGGUUGCUUGCCUGAAAAAGUGUAAUAAGGCUGAGGAUUUUACACAAGAAGAGUGGACUACAAAGGAUCCAACUCAGAACAACAUACCUAGUGAUGUGACAGUGGAGGACAAUAAAAACCUGGCCUCUGUAGGAUGUCAGACACUUUCCAAAUCCAAUGCUUUCACUUGCUUGAAAGAAGAAUUGGUGACCACACAGAGAGGACUUCUUCAAGAAGUGGAAAAACAACGACACACCAAAGAUUUAGCACUAGAGCAGGAUUUUUUGACAAGACAUAGCUUCAUGGAGACACAGCAAGUGGAUGCAGUAACCUUUGAAGAUGUGACCGUGGACUUUACCCAGGAAGAAUGGACUUCACUGGAUCCAAUUCAGAGAAACCUCUACAGAGAUGUGAUGCUGGAGAACUACCAGAACCUGGCCACAGUAGGAGGUCAGUUAUUCAAGCCUAGCCUAAUCUCUUGGUUGGAGCAGAAAGUAGAGUUGACAGUAACAGAGCAAGAAAUUCUCCAAGAAUGGGAAAUGCACCUUAAGACAAAAGGGACAGCAGUUCAGCAGGAUGUAUUUUGGUCAAAUAUGUCAAAUGGAACACAACUGGGAAGGGAACACAAUGGAGAGGUGUUUGGUGAUUCUAUUCAAGUUGGAACAGUUAUCAGUGAAGAUUCAUGCCCCCAGAUUCACAUUAGUACUCCAAAUGCAGAGAACACUUCAGAGUGUAAUUUGUAUGGAAAAGACUUCCUGCCAUCACUUAAAGAAACUUCUACUGAAGAGAACAUUUUUCAGUUGAACCAGUAUGUAAAUCCUUUCAGUUUGACUUCAGAUGUUUUGCAGAAAAUGUCCAUUCUGGAAAAAUCCUUUGAAUGCAGUGUCUGUGGGAAAACUUUUGUUAAUCAGUUAGAACUUCAAACACAUAGUUCUGCUCAUAGUGAAAAGGAUCUCCACAAAUCAGAGCAAUGUGGGCAAGCUUUUACUCAAUCUACAAGCCAUGAUGAACAUGUUGCAAUUCCCACUGAAAAAAAAUACUAUGAAUGUAAAAAAUGUGAAAAAAUCUUUACACAUCCUAUCUAUCUUAAUAUCCAUAUGCAAAGCCACACUAUGGAGAAACCCUACGACUGUAAGGAAUGUGGGAAAGCCUUCACUGAGCGCUCAAGCUUAAUUGUACAUUUACGACAACACACUCGAGAGAAGUCUUAUGAGUGCAAGGAAUGUGGGAAAACCUUUAUUCAACCCUCACGCCUUACAGAACAUAUGAGAAGUCAUACAGGAGAGAAACCAUAUCAGUGUGACCAGUGUGGGAAUGCCUUUGCAUCUUCUUCUUACCUUACUACACAUUUGAGAACUCAUACUGGAGAGAAGCCCUUUGAGUGUAACAUGUGUGGGAAGGCUUUUACACGUUCCUCUUACCUGCUAGGUCACAUACGAACUCACACGGGAGAAAAACCCUAUGAAUGUAAAGUAUGUGGGAAAGCGUUCAGUGGCCGUUCUUGGCUUACUAUACACUUACGAAAACAUACUGGAGAGAGGCCCUAUCCAUGUACAGAAUGUGAGAAAGCCUUCACCAGCUUUGCUCAACUAACUGAACAUAUAAAAACUCACACAGGUGAGAAGCCCUUUCGGUGUAAGGUAUGUGCAAGGACCUUUAGAAAUUCCUCAUGCCUUAAGACCCACUUUCGAAUUCACACUGGAAUAAAACCAUAUAAAUGUAAUUUCUGUGGGAAAGACUUCACUGCACGUUCAGGCCUUACUAAGCAUGUGCUAAUUCACAAUGGUGAGAAGCCCUAUGAGUGUAAGGAAUGUGGGAAAGCCUUCAGUACAUCCUCUGGCCUUGUUGAACAUAUAAGAAUUCAUACAGGAGAGAAGCCCUUUGAAUGUUAUCAGUGUGGGAAAGCCUUGGCUCAUUCCUCAUCUCUUGUUGGACAUUUAAGAACUCACACUGGAGAAAAACCCUUUGAGUGUAACCAGUGUGAUAAAACAUUUACACGAUCUUCUUAUCUUCGUAUUCAUAUGCGAACUCACACAGGAGAGAAACCAUAUGAAUGUAAAGAGUGUGGGAAAACUUUCCCUGAGCGCUCAUGCCUUACUAAACAUAUAAGAACACAUACUGGUGAAAGGCCCUAUGAAUGUAAGGAAUGUGGGAAAGGCUUUAUUAGUUUUGCUCAACUUACUGUACACAUAAAAACUCACAGUUCCGAAAGACCUUUUCAGUGUAAGGUGUGCACAAAAUCCUUUAGAAACUCCUCAUCCCUUGAGACCCACUUUCGAAUUCACACUGGAGUAAAACCCUAUAAAUGCACUUACUGUGGGAAAGACUUCACUGCUCGUUCAGGCCUUACUAUACAUUUACGAAAUCAUACUGGGGAGAAGUCCUAUGCAUGCCAAGAAUGUGGAAAAGCCUUUAGCACUUCCUCAGGCCUUAUUGCACAUAUAAGAAGUCACAAAGGAGAGAAACCCUUUGAAUGUGACCACUGUGGGAAAGCCUUUGCUUCUUCUUCUUAUCUUAAUGUGCAUUUGAAAAUUCACACUGGAGAAAAGCCCUUUCAGUGUACAGUAUGUGGGAAAACAUUUACAUGUUCUUCUUACCUUCCCGUUCACAUGCGAACUCACACUGGAGAGAAGCCUUUUCAGUGUAUAAUAUGUGGAAAGUCAUUUUUAUGGUCCUCAUACCUUCGAGUUCACAUGCGAAUUCACACUGGAGAGAAACCCUAUGUAUGUCAGUACUGUGGAAAAGCCUUUACAGAGCACUCAGGCCUUAAUAAACAUUUACGGAAACAUACAGGAGAGAAACCGUAUGAAUAUAAGGAGUGUGGGGAAGCCUUCACUACUUCUGCUGAUGCUAAAGAACAUGAAAAUCCCCAUUGGGGGGAAGACCUUUGAAUGUAAGGAAUUCAGAAAAUUGUUUUGGAAGCCCUUGAUCCAUCCUUUGCAAUCAGAAUUCAGUCUAUACAAGUCUUAUUAAUAUAAUAAGCAAUGUAUAUAAGCAUUCAGUUGUCACUACUGUAAAACCAACUCAGUCUAAGGAUGCUCUGAGUUUAAGGAUCAUGGGAGAGAUCAAAAUCUCAUAAUACAUGAACUCAAUCAAGAUUUGUAGUAUAGGAAAUGAAAAACUUUCAUGUUUCCAUAUGUGUUGAUGGCAGACAUGUAGAAAUGUCAUAUAUUUAAAUUUCUCUGUUCACUUGUGAUCAUACAGUUGAGAAAAAUCUUACGAAGUUUAGUAAAUAACCUUUAUGUAAGAUUUCAUGUGUUUAUAGACUGAACACAAACUUUAUGUGUAAUAGGGGAUUUGCUUCAAUGUCUUGAAGUUUUGGAUGGCAACACAUGGAUUUCCUGGGUGCUUCUAGAUGAACUUUUAAUAUUUCUAUAUUUGUGUAUUUUUUAUGACUUCAAUUAUAAAUUUCUAAAUUCUAUUAAUAGGUUUUCUUUUUUAAAAUAUUCUUGUUUGAUAUAAUUGAAAACUGUUGUUUCUAUUGAGUGUCUAGUACAUGUCCCAUUUUGGCAGUUGUGAACUAAUGAACAUAAACUCUCAUUUACUCACCACUUGGAAUUAGUUGUGCCAUGUACCCCUCUGCACUGUGUGCUCUCCUCCCCUUUGUCUUUUUUUUUUUUUUUAGUAUUCUCACUUUGUGACCUAGACUAAUAUGAAAAUCAUGUAGCCUAGAUUGGUCUCCAGCUCAUGGCAGUCCAGGCUCAGUCUCCAGAGUGCUGAGAUUGCAGGUAUGAAGCAUCAUACCUGGCUCUUUCCAUUGUUUUUACAUGCUUUACUAGCACUAAAAUCUCCGUGUUUUUUCAUAUUGUUCAAACAACGUCUUUGAGUUCCCAGUCUUUUGUAGCAAUUAUUCCAUUCUCUGAUUGGGGUUCAGCUUUUUUUAGACUUGUUAUAUCAUGUAGUAUCUGUAUUAACUAUAUCUUGGGUUUUUUUUAUUUUUUUGUGGCAGGGUCUUACUUUGUAGCUCAAACUGACACCAAACUUUCAACCUUUGUGCCUCAAACUUUAGUGCUGGAGUUUGAGGCAUGUCCCACCAUACCUAGAUGUUUUUUAUGACUUCUGUCAAUUUACAUUAUGUGCUGUGUUAUAGUCAAUUAUUUUGUUUUAAGAUGUUUAAUUAACCUUUGGUAUAUCUAUGGAUACUUAGUUUCCAUACCUUGGCUAUUGGGAGUAUUGCUACAUUGAAUGUUAGUGUAGCUGUCUCUUUAAAUUAAUGAUCUUAUGUUCUCAGAGUCUCCAAAGUGGGUUUGUUUAUAGUAAUGAUAGAUGUACUUUUAAUUUAGUUUGUUUGUACUAUUCUGUAAUAACUAUUGAUUAUGUUCCCAGUGAUGUACAUAGUCUUUUUAUUGCUUAUCUUUUCACUUUUUUUCUUUCUGAGGGCCAUUUUAAAAUGUAAGAUGUUAUCUUCAUAGUUUUCAUAUGCAUUUUUCUAAUUUGUAAGCCAUUUGUAUGUCUUUGAUGAAAUAUUAAUUUCAGUUAUCAAUUUUUAAAUCAAUGCCUGUGUUUUACUGUGACAUUACCUGAGUUACUAUGUUUGAGACAUAGACCCACUGUAAUAUACAUAGUUUGCAGAUACUUUUCUAUCUGCAGAUACAUGCCUUUUCAGAUUUGUUUUCUGUUCUGCUUUGAAAAAUCAGUUUGAUGUUACCCUAAUUCUUUACAUUUGUUUUUUUAUGCCUGUGCUUUUCAUGUCAGCUUCAGAAUUCUUUGCUGGUCUGUCAGGAAGCAUUCUUUUUAGAGUUGUGUUGUGUUAUAGUUUUAGAUUUUGUUUUCAGGGUUUUGUUUGUUGAAGGUGAUCUCACUAUGUUUAGAUUAGAUUAGAAGCAUGGAACUCACUGUGUAGACCAGGCUGGCCUUAAACUUGUAGCAAUAUUUCUUCCCCUGGCCUCCUGAGUGCUGAGAUUUUGGGUAUGAAUCAGCUUACCCAACUUAACUGUUUCUUUUGCUAUUAUUUAAUUUUAUUUCCUUUUUUCCUUGACCUCCGAGUUUAUAUAUGUACACACACACACACACACACACACACACACACACACACACACCCAUAAUUAAUGGUGCACGUAUUCUGCUUGCAUAUCCAUUUUGUCAGUUUGUUUAUGUUAUGAUAAUUUUGUUGAAAAUUUGGUUUUAAGCAUUUGUGUUUUGGUGCUAGGAAUGCUAGUCAUGUGCUCUAUCCUCAAGCUGUAGUUCUAAAUUCAUUGUUGAAAUUAUUUUAACUGUAUAAGGGUUUUGUUUUUGCCUUUUUUUGUUUUUGUUUUGGAGACAGGUUUUGUCUGUGUAGCUUUCAAUCUCCAGGAACUCACUCUGUGUUCCAGAUUGGCUCGAACUCACAGAGAUUCCCCCUGCCUGUGCCUCCUAAGUAUUGGGAUUAAAGGCGUGCACCAUCACCGCUGGGUUUGAGUAAGAUUUUUUUGUUGUUGUUGUUAUUUAAAUUUUUGAGAGAUAGUCUUCCUGUUUAGUUCUGGUUGACACUGACAGAUAACUGUAUUUAUUCUUAAUGUGCUGCCAUUAUGAUUUCUAUCUAAUUUAUUGACUUGUCACCAUCAGUUGAUAUAUGUUGUUAUAUGUUCCUGUACGUUUUCUGCAAUACAGUAUUUUGUUCAUUUUGUUUAUUCAGUGUAUCACAUUUAUUUAUUGCAUAAACCAUCUUUGCAUCCCACUGAUAAACUCAUUCUUGAUCACAGUUUGUGCGGUCCUUUUUAAAGUUAUUUUGUGAAGUGACCAGGAGAUUGAAAUUGUCCUAAUAGUAAGUUUUUCAUUAUUUGUUUUUGAGAUAGAGUCUUGGUUGUGUAGUUCAAGCUUGACCUUGAAUCCACUUUGUAGUGCAAACUGACCUCAAACUAAUGAUCUUCCUCCAUUAACCUCUCAUGUAUUAUGGCUUCAGUAUUGGCCCACUGUGCCUGGCUGAUAAUGUUUAGAAAGACUUUUCUGUGUUUCCAACAAGUGACUUAAUUGUUAGGGCAUAAAUAGACUGAAAAAGAGGUAAUGUUUCUUCAUUGUAAGGGUGCCAUUGUUGUAAAGAUAUGCCAGAAAUAGAGCACCCAAAUAUGUAAAGCAAAUAUUAGAAUAUAUGUAGAGAGAAAUAACAUUAUAAUGAGAGUGUAAGGCUGUUUUAGCUGAAUUGAUAAUAACAUUGAGUCUUAAAAUCUCUAAGGAAACUGUACUUGAAGUAGACUUGAGACCAAGAGAAUUUAAUAAAUCUGUACAUAACAUUCUA